AUGCCUCCCCACUACGAGGACAGCAUGAGCAAGGCUGGUUCGGCCGAUAAGGUCGGCGCACCUGAUCUGGAAAAGACGGCCACACUCGAGGAGGGAGAGGCCAAGUUCAAGAAGUUGGGAUGGAAGCGUCUGACCAUCUGUCUGAUUGUCGAGGCCAUCGCUCUUGGUGCGCUGUCGGUCCCUGCUGCCUUUGCUGCAGUCGGCAUGGUCGCGGGUGUCAUUCUUUCCGUCGGCAUCGGUAUUCUCGCCAUCUACACGAGUUACGUCGUCGGACAAGUCAAGAUCAAGUUCCCUCACGUUGAGCACUACUCGGAUGCUGUCGGUCUCAUGUUUGGUCGCGUCGGCAUGGAAAUUGUCGGAGCCAUGUUCACCCUCCAUUUGAUCCUUCUCUCGGCUUCGCACACUCUUACCGGCACCAUCGCAUGGAUUCGCAUUGUCGACGACCCGAAGGUUUGCGCCCUUGUCUGGUCCGUCAUCUCGGCCAUUCUUCUCUUCCUUCUGGCUAUUCCUCCUACUUUUGCCGAAUUCGCCAUUCUUGGAUACAUCGAUUUCGCUUCCAUUAUUGGCGCCAUCGGUAUCACCAUUAUUGCGACUGGAAUUCAGUCUUCCGAUGCACCCGGUGGUCUGUCUGCUGUUGAGUGGAGUGCUUGGCCCCCAGCCGACAUCACCUUCCAAUCUGCUUUCCUCGCAGUCACCAACAUUGUCUUUGCCUACUCCUUCGCCAUUUGCCAGUUCUCCUUCAUGGCUGAAUUGCACACUCCCAAGGACUACGUCAAGUCCAUCUGGGCUCUUGGUAUCAUCGAGAUCAUCAUCUACACUGUUACCGGUGCUCUGAUCUACGCUUUCGUCGGUACUGAUGUCGCAUCUCCUGCUUUGUUGUCUGGUAGUCACAUCGUCACCCGUGUUGCUUUCGGUGUUGCUCUCCCCGUUAUCUUCAUCUCAGGAUCCAUCAACGCCACCGUCGUCGGACGUUACCUGAUUGGCCGUUUCUUCAAGAACUCGCCCAUCCGCUACACCAACACCAAGCAGGGCUGGAUCGUCUGGAUCUUCGUCCUCGUCGCCCAGAUCGUCCUCGCCUGGGUCAUCGCCGAAGCCAUCCCCUUCUUCAGCGACUUGCUCGGUAUCACCUCCGCCCUCUUCAUCUCAGGCUUCAGUUUCUACUUCCCCGCUCUCUUCUGGUUCCUUCUGAUCAAGGAGGGCAAGUGGAAUGCCAGCAAGAAGAACAUUGCACUUUCCGCUCUCAACGCACUUUGCUUUGUCAUCGGUUUGACCAUUCUCGGCUGCGGUACUUAUGCCAGUGUCAAGGAUAUUGUUGAUUCUUACGCUUCUGGCUCUGUGAGAUCGCCUUUUACUUGCUCUCAAGAAGCUUAUGCUUGA